CACACGUCGAUUUACAAAUCUACUAUCAUCUCCACAUAAGUGCACAACUUAACAACAAAAUGGGUUGCGGUGAAUUUCUCGUGAAAUAUGUGCUUUUCUUUGCCAAUUUAGCAUUUGCGUUGGCAGGUCUCGCUCUGCUGGGCCUCGGAUUGGCGGUUCAUUUACAAUUCGCUGACAUAGAGACCGUUCUGUCAGAGACCAGCUUCAGGGUAGCGCCGGUGGCCUGUAUGAUUGUUGGAGGCAUCGCAUUCGUUAUUGCGUUCUUCGGAUGCUGCGGUGCCAUCAGGGAGAGCAACUGCAUGCUUGUCACCUACGCGAUCUUCAUGCUGGUGUUGAUGGCACUGAAACUGACCUUGGGCGUAAUGGUGUUUGUGAAUCUCGACGGAGUAGUUGCUGCUAUCCCGAACUGGAUGAACAAGACCUUCCAGCAAGACCAAGAUACGUUCCAUGUCAUCGAGCAUAGAUUCAGCUGCUGUGGUCCAACGGGUCCGGGCUCGUACCUAUCCUUGACCCUGCCCAUAACGUGCUGCUCGACGACCCCCUGUACGGUAAUCAACGCGUACGCCGGCUGCACCGAAGUCCUGCAGGCACUCUUCAAUAACUAUGGCGUUGCUAUCGGCUCUGUCGCCAUCGUGAUCGCCGCCAUUGAAUUGGUGGCCGUCAUCUUCGCUCUGUGCCUCGCGAACCACGCCCGCAACAAAGAGGAGGUCGCGCUAUUAAUCUUAGUUUAAGUUACCUAGUACUAAACCUAUAAUUAAUAUAGUACUGAUUCUAAUCUUU